CGGGUCGGGCGUCUCCUGGCUACAAGCCGGUGGCUCCACCCAGCCAAUCCUUGCCCCGCGGCGGGCAGGACUCCAGCCAAUCGCGGCUCGCGAUUCGGCCCCGGGGCGGAGCUGGGUGGGCCGGAGGCCAAACCGAGAGGCCCUGGGGAGGUGAGUGAGUCUCCUACUCGGCGCUGGUGGGUCGUAAAGCUGCGGACGUUCCAGGACUUGGUCACUGCGAACCUGGCAGCUAAGGGCACCAUGGUAGGAGGUUUGAAGAGGAAACACUCGGAUUUGGAGGAGGAAGAGGAGGUUGAGAAGUGGGACUGGAGUUCAGCAGGCCUGCGGAGCUACCAGCAAGCCCUGCUUCGAAUCUCCUUAGACAAAGUCCAGCGAAGCCUGGGCCCCCGAGCCCCGAGCCUACGCAGGCAUGUCCUCAUACACAAUACCCUCCAGCAGCUCCAGGCUGCCCUUUGCCUGGCUCCAGCACCCACCCUGCCCCCUGAGCCCCUAUUCCUGGGCGAGGAGGACUUCUCCCUGUCAGCCACCAUCGGUUCUAUUCUCAGGGAACUGGAGACGUCCAUGGACGAGACGGAGCCCCCUCAGAAUCCAGUGGCUCCCCCAGGUCCCCAGAAUGAAGUGCUGCCCCAGCCCGAUCCAGUCUUCUUAGAAGCUCUGAGCUCCCGGUACCUGGGGGACUCUGGUCUGGAUGACUUCUUUCUGGACAUUGACACAUCAGCUGUGGAGAAGGAGCCUGCCCUGGCCCCCCCAGAGCCUCCUCACAACCUCUUCUGUGCCCCAGGGUCCUGGGAGUGGAAUGAACUAGAUCACAUUAUGGAAAUCAUUCUGGGAUCCUAAAACUUUGGGGGCUCUUUCCUCAUCUCAGCCUCGGUGGGCUGGAUCCCUGGAUGCCACUGUGUGUGUGUAUGUGUGUUUUGGUGGGGUCUCUAAGCCGUGACUGUGGCCUCCUCUCCUCCCAUUUCAGGGUUCCACAAACCAUCUUGCAUGUGUGUGUGGGUCUGGUUAUCGCAGCCUUCUGUGAAGGUGGGUCUUCCUGAAUUAAUUUAUCUGUUCCAAAUGCCUUAACAUGACUCUGUUUCUGGGAGUCUGAUUUCCCGCUUCCCACAUUGCUUCUGCCUUUCCCUCCAGUUCCUACUCCCCUUGUGACCACUGGGGCCUCAGGGAAGAUAAAUCUGGGCCUGUCAGAGGAUGACAGGGAUGUGCUGCCUGGUUACUAUGGGAACUCAGACUUUGCUUCUUGCACCUCAAGGGAGCAGGAAGGGCCGGCCUCCUCCUCCAAGGUUGAACCCCACCUCUUUGGCAAGACCCCAUCCCAGCAGUCUCCUGAUUCAUAACCAGGCCGGACCACGUGCAAUAGGGUGGAAACCAAACCGCUCCAUGCCCCGUUAUUUAAAAGAAAGGCGGGUUUUGUGGUGGGUUUUGUUUGUUUUUUGCUUGUUUGUAAUGACUUUUUUGUUGUUGUUGUUUUUUUAAUAAAAGUAUUUUGGAAGGGC